UAGAGCAGCAGACGGGGGGCCGUCCUACAAAGAGGGAAGAGGGAGGAGAGAAGGCAAACAGGGAUAGAGAGAAAGAGAAAGACAGUGAGGCAGAAAGGGGAUAGGGAGUGUUAGAGAGAGGGUCUGCAUGCGUUCUGUAUGGGACAGGCUUGAUGGAACCACACACAGACACCGCACCGCAGCCUUUUUUUUCACUGCCUUCUAUCACAUCUGCUACAGUGCAGCUCAUGUCUGCCUGAGGAAAGGACCAGCCGGAGCAGCACUGUACACUCUAGCAGAAAAGGAGCAUUUAUUUACUGACAAAAAGCAGGCAUUGAUAAGAGACUUGAAUGCAUCUUACAGUGUCUAGUCAUGGAUGACUCUAGAGACACUUCUGAAUAGAGUGUGCUCCUGCAUCAUGGUUCAGCAAAAAUACUCUACAGCCAUGGACAGAGAUUCGAGCCGAGAGGUGUUCGUGGGACUGGGAGCAGAGGACGCUGAUGAAGUGUUCGGGCAUGUCCCGUCCAGUAAAGACCCUAACUGGUGCAAAACUCCCACUGGGCACAUCAAAAGACCCAUGAACGCAUUCAUGGUGUGGUCCCAAAUUGAGAGACGGAAGAUCAUGGAGCAGUGGCCUGACAUGCACAAUGCAGAAAUCUCCAAGCGCCUCGGAAAACGCUGGAAAUUACUUCCAGACUAUGAGAAGAUACCCUUCAUCAAGGAGGCAGAGAGAUUGCGUCUGAAGCACAUGGCUGACUACCCCGACUACAAGUACCGUCCCAGGAAGAAGAGCAAGUGCUCCACACCUGUCAAAGUUGGGGACAAGCUCCCACUAAAAGCCAGCAAGUCCCAUUCAGGUCGAUCUGCCAACUUCACCAGCAAAGGGCUCAAAAUCAAACCCAACUCCUCCAAACACAAAGUGAACUUCAAUGGCAAUAAACAUAAGAGCUACAGUGAGAGCAUGAGUGAUGAUGACACAGUGGAUGUAAACCUGGCAAGUCCAGUGACCCUGCAAGAUGACCAGAAUCAGACAAGUCUUGUUGUCCUCCACCAGCAGACCACUAUUCCCCUCAAAGACCAGCAGCCCAUUCCUCAACUCAGAGUCAAAGUGCCCACCACACAGCCCAGCAAUCUCCAGAGUCCCUCCUCUGACAGUGGGUAUCAGGCACCCUCAGAGGUCAGGGCCUCUGAGGCACGAGGGUCUAAUUCUGGAAGAUCCUCCACGCCAACCUCCAUCAGCUCCUCCUCCUUUGUUUCAUCAGCUUCUUCAGAUGAGGAACUGGACGAGGAAAUCUUGCAUAUCAUAUCCAACACAAACUUUGACAGCAUGCCUAUGGACUGCUCCACUCUGGACAAGGACUUUGAAGCAUUUCAUGCCAACUCAGGAUCCCACUUUGACUUUCCAGACUACUGCACUCCAGAGGUGAACGAGAUGAUUUCUGGGGACUUACUUGUACCAAGCAUCUCUGACCUGGUGUUUACCUACUAAGGUCAAGUCCAAUGUGAUUUUGGGUGGGCAGACGUGUCUGCCAAAACCAGAGGUCUUGAAUAUGUUAUGUCCAUGUCCCUGACCUUGGACAAUUCCUUUUUUCCAUUGUUUUGUUUCUCUAUGAAUUCCGUAAGUGCUAUUGCUUUUGUUUUCCAAGCAUGUCACAUCUUGUUGGGUUAGGAAAGAACAGCAUGGGGCUCUGCAAAGUACUUAAGUGGAGUUAAAUAUUCAGACACCGAGACCCAGUUUCAGACAAAAAGCAGACAUUCAGCCUACAACAUAAUGUCAGGGCAUGAUAAGGUCAUAGGCAGCAAAGUUGUGAUUCUUAGUUACAGCAGACAAACUUGUAACAGGUCCGAAUUAUUCCAGGGUUUUCAAAAACAUAAUUUUUAUCACUGGACUUUGAAAUGCUGCAUGAGAGCAGCACAGACAUGGUAGAGCUAGCCAUGCAUCAGUAUUUAUAAACCACAUAGCACUGUAAAUUUCAUGACUGUUCAUAACAGCAUUACUGUUCUGCUCUGCCAAGGUAUCGUCCCACAAAGAAAUUCAGAGUAGUUAAACUGGAAGACUCAAGACCUAUUUGCACAAGAUAUAUCAUGGAGUAGGUAUUGUAUUACAGUAUUGAGUACUGAUGGCAUUAGCAAUCUGAAAGGAUAAAGAGCUAGGUUGGGUGAGAAUCAGCUUGUGUGAAGCUAAUUAAAAUCUGCUGCACUUGACAGGCAUACAGUAUGGUGGAGUGUCAGAAAGCCGCCAGACAUAAUGGCUGCGGAGAAGUGGCAGGCGGCUGGAACAGAAUUAACCCUUGGCUCUUUAAUUAGGUAACAGCAAUUUCAUCACCUUGCUAAUGCCGUAAGACAUGAGAUACAGGCAUGAUUGAAAGGCAGCCCUGUACUGUCUGUGUGUGCCCAAGUGUGCUUGCUUUCAGGCAG